GCAGCCCGUACCAACGCUCUAAAAUACCGCCAAUCCACACCUCCGAGAACUCUACCUUUCAUACGAACAAUACUCUUCCAAACAAUUCGGAGGUUUUUAAAACAACUGCGCAUACCCUAAAAUGCCCCAUCACGAAACUGGGAAUGGCCCUUACCUUUUGUCCAGUUCGCUCCCUUCGGCCGACAAUAUCACCUUCUUCGACACAACUUUCUUCACCAACGGUCACAAGUGCCUACCAACUCCAGCUGAGGUUCGGCAUGCCGCGGGACCCCAAACAAAGAUGGAUCGACCUGUUCCGGUUUCGUUUCCUUCGAUGAAUCUUAUUGUUAAAUGUGGCCUCACAAUAAGGAUGACCGAGGGACAAUGUUUAUGGGCAAUUCGCCGCCUAUGCCCGAAUGUGCCAGUUCCAGAAGUGUAUGGCAGGCGUCAGGACGAAGGAGAAACCUUUAUCUACAUGCAGAAAAUCGAAGCAGCUGCUUCAGAACAGGAGUGGCCGGGAUUAGAUGUUGAAGAAAAAUAUGAGAUUUGCAGGCAACUGCAUUGCAUCCUCAACGAAUUGCGCCAGCUUCAACAAGACUCCUCUAUGCCAUUUAUUGGAAGUAUCAACCAGCAGGCUGUAGAAGAUAUAAUCUUCGAUGGCGGCGGACUUGACCGCUAUUUCUCAGACAUCAGCUCGUUACACAAUUGGUUCUCAGGUGUUACCACGCCUCAAAUUAACACCUCAAACCCAGACCCAUGGCGUCCCGGGCUGUUGGAUGACGUUCCCAUUGUAUUCACUCACAGCGAUUUACAUCGUAGCAAUAUUUUGAUGUCUUGGGAUGAGAAUGGUACGCCCAGGGUAGCGGCGAUCGUUGACUGGCAUCAAUCUGGAUGGUAUCCUGCGCCGUGGGAAUUCUACAAGACGAGGUUUACUUGCAAGGCCAGCGAGCGGUGGGAAUUAGACUACAUACUUGAGUUUUUGCAGUCCUAUCAGGGUUAUAUUCCCUGGGAUUAUUUUGUGCUUAAGCGGGGCACUUAGCAAAGCAAUAAUAGUAGUAGUUUGGAAUGUAACAGAUUUGCAAGGC